CCUUUUUAUUUAAAUUGCCUUUUUUUUCUUACUUCCCUUUACUUCUUCUUCUUCUUCACCAUCUUCGCGUCUUCAAAUCCCUAAAGAUCUCCAAAAAAACUCAAAUCAAAAGCUAUGCAAGAUCCACCACGACCCGCUACUGGUUACCCAUACCCAUACCCAUACCCAAACCCACAACAACCACCACCCACCAACGGUUACCCAAACGCCGCCACCGGAACCGCUUACCCCUACCAAAACCACAACCCAUACUACGCACCACCUCAACCAAACCCACGCGCCGUCAUAAUCCGCCGUCUCUUCAUCGUCUUCAUGACAUUCCUCCUAAUCCUAGGUCUAAUCCUCUUCAUCUUCUUCCUAGUCGUUCGUCCUCAACUCCCAGACGUUUACCUAAACUCACUCUCCGUCUCCAAUUUCAACGUCUCCAACAAUCAAGUCUCUGGUAAAUGGGAUCUUCAAGUCCAAUUUCGAAACCCUAAUUCAAAGAUGUCACUUCACUACGAUGCUGCUCUUUGUGCUAUGUAUUACAAUCGUGUUUCUCUCUCUGAGACUAGGUUACAACCGUUUGAUCAAGGAAAGAAAGAUCAAACGGUGGUUAAUGCGACUCUCUCUGUUUCUGGUACUUAUGUUGAUGGAAGAUUAGCUGAUUCUAUUGGGAAAGAGAGAAGUGUUACAGGAAGUGUUGAGUUUGAUUUGAGGAUGAUUUCUUAUGUAACGUUUCGAUACGGUGCGUUUCGGAGGAGGCGAUAUGUUACGGUUUAUUGUGAUGAUGUUGUUGUUGGUCUUCCGGUGAGUAGUGUUUCAGGGAAGAUGGUUGGUUCUGAUAAAAGAUGCAAAACUUAUUGAGUUUUAUUCACUUUAGGGAUAUUAUCUUAACUAAUCUUUUGUAAAUCGACUAUGUUUUUCGAUUUGGAUGAUGGAAAGAAUGGAAAAAGAUUCAGUUUUUAGCUUU